AUGGGGGAGAACAGAGAGAGUCCAACAGAGGAUGCGGUGGAGAACGCUGAGCAACCAACGGAGGAUGCAAUGGUGGAAAAUGUAGAGCGACUAACGGAGGAUGCAACGGUGGAGAACAGAGAGCAACCCUGUCCUGAUUUUGUCAUCCCAGAGCAUUUUGGUGCUUUUGACAAUUCAGUGUCAUUGUACUCUGGCUUUGACAACAGCACCCUCACCUCUCCACGGCACCCUACUAUGUCCCAGACUUGUGACUGUACCAUGCUAACAACUUUGAAUAUACCAGAUGUUCCAAGUGAGCCUGCAGAUGGCCCCUCUGCAUCACACCAAUCUGAGGAUGACUCCUGCCAGGACAGUCUGACCAAACAAGCUACUGCUAUUGUGUUGACUGCAAGAGAAAGACACCAUCUUUCGCAGACUGGUGUGAAUGAAGUUGUGGCUGCAAUGCAACAGUACCAAGCUUUGUUGGUGACCAAUCUGAGGAGUCGGCUACAAAGAGUAUUCCAACAACACCAGGGAAGUGAACUUGAAAAGGAGGCUCUGGCGGUAUUUGACCAGUUGGAGGAUCCGUUUGCCUCUGUUUCAACAACGUACAGGCAGGACUGUGUGAUUAAGGACUAUUUCCAUUUUGUAGAGUCAGAGGAAGUUACUGUUGGGUAUACUGCUUGCUUUCUUAAAAAAGGAGCAAAAAGAGUCCUCCCUACCAGACCCAAAUGUUUUCAAUGGUGA